AUGGGAUGGGAAAUUUUGAAUGGAAACAAAGAAGGAGAUGAAGAAGGAGAAUGGACGUACGUAGGAGCUAAGGGAGAAUCAAUUAUAAACUAUGGGAUUGUUAACGAAGAGGAGUGGGAAGAAAUAGAGAGCUUCAAAGUGGGGGAAAGGGUAGAAUCAGACCAUAUACCACUAGAAAUAAAAAUCAAAGGAAAAGAGCAAGAUUACGAAAAACAUGAGAGAAGAAACGAAAGAAAAGAAAUAGGAAAAAGAAUAUGGGAUGAAGAGGAAAUUCAAAGAUACAGAAGUAGACUAAAAAAAAAGAAAUUCGAAGUGAAAGAAGACAUAGAAGUUAUGAUAGCAGAACUGAGCAACCUAAUUGUAGAAGCUACGGAAAAAAGGAAGACAUACAUAUGGCAAGGGAGCAAUAAUGGAUGGAACGGAGAAUGUAGUGAGUUGAAGAGAAAAGCAAGGGAAAAUUUAAGAAAAUGGAAGAAUAACAAGGGAAAGAAAGAAGAGUACCUAAAAGCAAGAGACAAUUAUAGGAAAAAAUGGGAAGAAAGAAAAAGAGAAAAGCGAGAAGAAGAAGAGAAGACAAUAAAGUCCCUAAAAACAAAAGAAGAAGUAUGGAGAUAUAUAAACAAAGAACGAAGAGGGAAGACUGAAGUCACUAGGAAAAUUAAAAUACAUGAAUGGAAAAGACACUUUAUAGAAUUAUUGGGAGCUUAUCUAGGAGAUAUAGAUGAAAUGUUCAGAAAAGCACAGACAGGAGGGGUGGUAGUGGGCAAAGAGAAAAUGUGCUCGUUGGCGUACGCAGAUAAUUUGGUGAUUGUGGCAAAGAAAAGAGAAGAAAUGAAAACAGAAAGAGGCAAGUAUUAUGAAGGAAAGGGAUAUGCAUGUGAAGAAAUAGAGAGAAUGAGAGAAAUGGGAAGGGAUAUGAAAGAAGAACUGAGUGUAAGAGAUAACGAUAUAGAUAAGCAAGAACGCAGAUUGAGAACAUCGGAGUCUAGAUAUAAUGCAGAGUAUAGAAAAGUAGUAAAGGAUGAAGUACCAAAGUGUGGAAAUGAAGAGAAAGAGAAUAAUUUUUGGAUGGAUGAACCUGACAGAAGUUGUAGGAUAUGUUGGAGAGAGGGAGAAACAAUAGAGUAUAUGCUGGAAUGA